GCCAUUUUGAACCAAGAUCUGGCGCGAUGUCCAAGCGCACGGUCGAACUCGUCCAUGAACCGAGUGCUGCCGCGUCCGCGCCGCUCCUAGUGUCCUUCCGUGGCGGCCCACCGCUCACCACUACCGGGUUCCAUUGCCAAGUGUACGAACAUGCGGCCAAGAAGAAACGCAUUGUGGUCGCCGACACGGAGAAAAUCACGUACCAAGCGGCCAACUUUGGCCAUGGCAAUUCAAACGGCGACUUGUCGAGCUACGUCGUCGGCGUUGUGGACAAGACCACGAACUCGGUGCAACUGUUCAACGUAGACCAGGUGUACGUGAUGCAGCAAAGCGUCAAGAGCUUCCGCGAGAACGUCGACGACAACACCCAAGAUUCUGUGACGUCGUUCGAGCGCCAAAAGAACCUCGUCGAUGUGUUUGGGAGCAAAGCGUCCAAGCGCAUUGUCCGAUCGCGCGAAGAAAACAAGAUCCAAGUCGACAACAUCCGCGGCGCGUCCUCCAUCACCCAAACAUUCUCGGAAAAGGUCCAGGAAAACACCGAGCUGCUCGCGGCGAAACGUGCCGCCGACCCCAAGUUUUCCUCGGAUGGGUUUGCGAUGGAUGCGACGCGGUUGGCCAUGUUACCUCCUUGCAAAUUGGACGCAUUGACUCCCGACGGCGUCUACGACAUCUCGAAAUUUUUGAGCGACGAUGUGAUGGAAUCGCUGCUGAUGAAGGCGGACGAGUUCAUUUCUGUCUUGUCGACGAGUGCGUUGUCGGAAUUCCUGGCCCAAAACGACGUGGCGGCCGCAAACUACAUCACCCAAGUCAUGACGUCCAUGGGAAAACCGUACGACCGCGACAACGUGGCACUCAUGUUGUACGUGAUGUACCUGGUGCAGUUUUACCACGCGCGGUUCCCGCUGCAGUCGAACGCGGCCGCGCUCAGCGAGACCAUGAAUGUGCCGCACUUAGUGGUCAAGCAGAUCUUGGACACGUUUGCGGAUGCCACGGUCAACUCAUAUGGAAAGACGAGCUACUCGCAGUCCAAGGUGCUGAAAGACAAACUGCUCGUGUACUUGGUGGUGGUCGCGCUCACAAUUGGUGGAUUCAGCCUCGACGUAUCCGCCAUUGCCAUCGACUUGAAGCGAGCCCCGGCCAAUAUCAUUGGAUACACCAAGCAAGUGGGGUGCCGAGUGGACAAGGUGAAGACCGAGGCAACUGGGCUCGGCGGCAAAAAGAGCGAAGGGUUUCGUGCAAUCCUGACGUUGCCGUUGCAGUUUCCGUCCCUCAAGAAAGGGGGGCCGUCCCGACGUUAACCCAUGCCUUAACAAGUCUUUAUAAUCCUUUACACUCCUUGAAUACUCAACUACCGUAUCCCGUAGUACGG